UUCUCCCACCCUCCUCCACAUAGGAAAGAGAAAAAAAAUGAUUCAUCCUACUAUAAAUAUAUCAUCUUUAUCAUAAGAAUCAUGAUUAUAUGGCGAUCAAGAAAUCAAACAAGGUAUCUUCAAAGAAGGCAGUACUGAAGCAAAUACAGAAGAAAUGCUCGAGCCUUGGAAAAAAACAUGAACACAAGGUUGAUGAAGAUGAUGAUGAAGAAGAAGGGUUUCUCCCUCUUGACGUUCCAAAAGGUCACUUUGUGGUUUAUGUGGGAGAGAAGAGGAGUAGAUAUAUAAUCCCAAUUUCCUUCUUAACAUGUCCUCUGUUUCAGAAUCUUCUUCAUCAAGCGGAAGAAGAAUAUGGGUUUCAUUAUCAUGGAAAUGGGCUAACCAUUCCUUGUCAAGAAGAUGUCUUUCGAUCUCUAACUUCAAUGAUCAGAUGGAAGCAUUGAAUGAUCUUUGGGGAAGAAGACCCAUGUAGAUAGAAGGAUGCAGAUCAAGUGAAUCAUCAUGAUCUUUCUAUUAAUUGUUUCUUUUAUUUACCUUUUUUUUUGGGUGGUGGGGGUGAUCAUCUAUUAAUCUAACUAGGAGCUAAAUCUACCCAAUUGUCAUAUAUCUAUAUGAAAAAAACAAAACAAAAAUCCCAAUUCUAUGUUUUGGGUAUUUUUGGAGGCAUAAUAAUUGUAUAUAUAUAUUUGGAAUUUGUAAACUUUUUUAUUUCU